AUGUCUCCCAAGACACCCGAAGAAAAACAACACAUGGACAUGAUUCCUUAUGCCUUGACUGUUGGAAGUCUAAUGUAUGUUAUGCUAUGUACAAGGCCUGAUAUCGCAUAUGUUGUGAGUGUCACGAGUAGAUAUCAGUCCAAUCCAGGUUUGGAACAUUGGACAGCAGUAAAGUGUAUCCUUAAGUACUUGAAAAGGACUAAGGAUUUGUUACUAAUGUAUGGAGGAGGUGAUCUCCGUGUUAACGGGUUCUCUGAUUCAUAUUUUCAAUCUGAUGUGGAUGAUAGAAAGUCUACAUUCGGGUUUGUGUUUGUCUGUAAUGGUGGGGCAGUUAAUUGGAAGAGUUCCAAACAAGAAAUAACUGCAGACUCUACCACAGAAGCCGAAUAUGUUGCGGCAUGCGAUGCUGCAAAUGAGGCUGUUUGGAUGAGAAAGUUCAUUGCUGAACUAGAAGUGGUUCCAUCCAUUGAGUUGCCGAUAUCUUUAUAUUGCGACAAAAAUGGGGCCAUUGCAUAG